AUGGGUGAGACUGGGUCUGGAAAGUCCAGCUUCAUCAAAAGAAUUACGGGCUCGGAUACUGUGAAGAUUGGACAUGGCUUAAACUCAGAAACUCAGAACGUGGAAGCCUACUCUGUAUCGAAAGACGAACGUGUGAUCACCCUCAUUGAUACGCCAGGCUUUGACGAUACGAACCGUAAUGACGUUGAUGUGCUGUGUGAGGUCUCUACUUGGCUGACGGAGUCUUACAAAUCAAAGCGAUUGCUUUCUGGCAUCAUCUAUCUGCAUCCGAUUACUUCAGUUAGAAUGGGUGGUUCGUCACGGAAGAGCCUUGAGGUGUUUGCCAAACUCGUUGAACCCGAUGCCUCCCACAACAUAGUGCUUGUCACGAGCAAGUGGGAUCAACUGCAAGACCCAGCUGAAGGCGUGCACAGGGAGAAAGAGUUUUGCCACGAAUGGUGGAAAGCUUCGAUCGAGCAGGGCAGCAUCGUGAGCAGAUCAUAUGGAGAUAGGCAGUCAGCAUUGACUAUCGUUAAGCACAUUGCCUUCGGCCGAAGCACUAACGACAUAGUGAACGUCCCUUUGGCCCUCCAAAAGCAAAUGGUUGACGAACACAAAUCGCUGGGAGAAACAUCUGCGGGACAGGUCCUUCUUCGUAUGAUCGACCAACUGAAAGAAGACCAUGACAGACAGCUCAUGGAGCUAAAACAUGAGCACGACCUGGACAAAGCUCAGGCGAAAGCAGACUUGCGCUAA